GAGAUGUGGCACUGAGGGAUGUGGUUUAGUGGGCAUCUUAGUGAUCUUUUCCAACUUUAAUGAUUCUGUGGCCUUGGGAGGAAGAAGAAGCGGUUGUUGGGAAGUAGAAGUCUGGCUGUAUUUUGAAAUAGUAUUUUGAGGAGUUGAGAUCGAAGGGGAAUGCGAGUGUUAGUAUGGGUGGUGCAGGGGCUGAUGUGGGAAGUGAGGCAGCUUGUAUUUAAUUAGGUGCAGGAGGAUUUUGUGGAAUUCUGGUCUUCAAGAGAGCUGCUUUAUAUCAGGCAUACAAUCUGAUUUUGGGUGGUGCUGUGUGGAGCCAGGAGUUGGGCUCGGUGGCUCCCUUCCAACUCGGGAUAUUCUAUGGAGAAGCCCCUCAGCCUGGAGCCAUCCCUCAGUGGGGAUCUGUUGGUCUUCUGAAGUGAGAGGAGGUGAAUCUCUCAAGUACAGAGUUACCGUUAAUCUUUGCCUGUUUUAUUUCUGGGAGGAUCACCUCAAAGCACCUUGUGUCUUGUAGCAUUGUUAGGGGAAUUGUGAAGUUACAAGCUUGGUGGGAGCAACAUUUUAGACCUUUCAUUUAAAAAGGAGGACUCACUGUUUGACUGUCCUUAAAAGUGUUCUUAUAAGAAGGGUUGCUGAGCUGAUAGAACUGAUAAAAUUUGUCAUUUGCGAGAUGAUACAGUUUGGGAGUAAACCAUCAAAGAUACUGACCUUAUGGAGCUCUUCUAUGAAGGAGGACCAAAAGCAAACAUCAAUACACCAGAGACAUGUGGAGAAGUGUUCUGCAGUUCAUUAGCAAGAUGAGAGGAAUCUGUGACUUGAGUUCUGGAGGCUCUGAGGUAGACACACUGAAGGGAUGGUGUUCUGCUUGUGAGCUGACAGCAUCUUCUCAGUGCCUAUGUAGCAGCUCCUCACACCUGGGGCAAUUAGUAAUGCUUGCAUUUCAUUAAGUGAUCUCACAGCACCUCACAAGAGAAGGUGAGUCACCUUCUUUUUAUAGAAUCAGCCACCACUCAUGUAUUAGCUAAAGAAUUUAGGCAAUGUUGUGGUGACACUGUUGGAAAUAAUCAUUGCUGCUGAUCCUAGUUCUUUCUGUGUGUGGUAGUGCACUCAGUGUGAAGGGCUGCUGUGUCAGAGAUGGAGCAGAAUGUGAGUAAUGUGCUGAUGGGAGAGACUGCCUGGGUAGUCAAACUUCUGUUUGUUCAUAAAAUAUGAAAGAGUUGAUUGUGAAAUCAUUUUAGGCGGCUCCCCUUCUUUCGCUACCUAGAAAAAGAGGCUGUUUAAGAACUAUAACUUUUGUAAAUACAAUCAAGAGUUGGUUUAUGAGAUGGCCAAGUAGAAAUUUCCUUCAUAUUGGCUCAAGGAGAGCAGUUACAAAGAUAUUAGGAUGACAGUAUUUUUAGCAGCUCGGAAACGAUAACUGCAGGUUAGUACACAUCAGAGAUGUAAAAGAUGCAAUAUACCAGCAUCAUAGGUGAAGUAAAUACAUAAUGCUUUUUUUCCAGCUAACUUCAGAUGGUUGUGCACAUCUUUAGUUUUGUUUGAUGCUGUUUAAAUUUGUCACGCAUUUUAAUUAACACUCCACGGAGUCCUGUGUUAAAUUAAUAGCUCACCGUUGAAUGCUUUUAAGCAGCAGCAACGUUGUGCACCAUGAUAUCUGUUUUGUUUGUUGUUGAAUAAAAUAAUCCUUGGUUCUCUUCAUGUGCAUUUUCAUUUAUCCCAUGUUUAAAUUUCUUCUUUGAGGUGGAGAGGGUGGGGGGACUAAGUUGUGCAGAGCCACUGCUAGUUAAAGCAUGAUUAUAUUUGGGGAAAAAUGUACUGAAACAACAGAUUUAGUUACCAGAUAGGCUUUUGUUUGGAAAUUCUGGCCUCAGGCAUGAAAAGAAGCUGACUGUCAGGCAGAGUCUCUGAGCUCUCAGGUGAGUCAAAGAUCAUGUGACCCAAGGCACGCAUGUGUAUAUAUAUACACACAGGUCAAGUGACAGCUUUGUUUCUUCCCCUGGUCUGAGAGGACUUUUUUACUCUUAGAUCCAGGGGCAAACAUACCUUCUCUUUUGGAUAUAUAACUUUUUUUCACCUGCUCUCUUGGGCUUUGAAGAGAAAAAGGAAAACAUUUUUACAUACGGAUGGACAGAUUUGUAAAAGUUGCAGUUCCCAAAAAGCUGUCUGAGGUUUCUGCAGCUACAGAUAGAGGCGUUGCUGCUGUGGAAGAGGAUCUGAACAGCGAGCUGAUGAACGAAGACAUACAUAUCCAUAGCUGGCCUUGUUCUUACUACUUGGACACCAACAAGCAAUGGGUCUCUGGCAAACUCUCACUGACCCCUGUUGCGAUCAAAUUUACAGCUGACAAGACCGGGGAGGUUUUGGUCAACUUCCAUCUUUCAAGUAUCAGCGAGAUCAAGAAGGAAUCUUCAAAUUUAAUCUUCAGCUCUCUUACCAUCUUGGAGAAGAACACCAAGCACUGGUUCAGUUCUUUGCAGCCCAGCAGAAAUGCGGUGUUCAACAUCCUCGAGCACUUCUGGAGGGAGCAGUUGCUGUCAAGUCAAGGCGCAGGAGCAGAAGCAGCAGCCUUGCAGUCAACAAAAGGAAAGGAACUGACUGGGUUAUUGACUGGGUCACAGAAACGGCUGGAGGACACAGCAAAAGUGCUGCAUUACCAGGGCGAGCAGUUUGAUAACAUCAUGAGAGGACUCAACAAGAUCGAAGGGGAUAUGGAUGUGGCAGACAGGCUGUUGACGGAACUCGAAUCUCCUUCUUGGUGGCCGUUUAGCAGCAAGCUCUGGAAAGCACCGCUGGAAACGAAGCCAAAGGAAACUGCCACAGUUUCCGAUCUGAAGAACCAGGAAGGAAUCAUAAUUAGAAUUCCAGUUAUUAUCACCCACAGAACAGACUCAAAUGUGAAGCCAGGAAAACUCACGCUCUUCGCUUCUGGCCUGGAAAUCAGUGACUGCAAUUCUCAGGUCAUUCACCGGUUUGAAUCGAAGGAUGUGGACGAUAUCAAAGUUCACACACCGUAUGAAAUCAGUGUCCGUCAGAGGUUUAUUGGGAAGCCUGACACCUCUUACCGGCUCUUGUCAGCAAAGAUGCCAGAAGCAAUCUCGGUCUUAGAGAUGCAGUUUAGCAAGAAGAUACAGUUUUUAGAAGAUGCCCUAGGAUUUGUUGGUGCCAGGAAGUCUCCUCAGGUAGAUCUUGGCACCUCCAUUUGGCAAGCAGCCACAGGACUCCUGGGAGGAGUGGUGCAGCCCAGCUCUCCAGUGGGAGGCAGAGAGGGGAUGGACAAUGACCAGGUUCAGCUACAGGAGCAUGAGAAGAUCUCUCAGGAGGAAGCAAAAGAGCUUAAACAGGGAAAUCAACAAGCAAUCUGCAGAGGAAAUGCUUUCUUCAUGAGGUGUCACUUUCAAAGGAGCCUUGCUGGAAGAUUUAUAGACUCUUACAAACUCCUCAAAUCUCAAUUGCUACAACUAAAGCUGAGUAAAUACAGAUUCUGUAAAGACGUGAAGAUUAUUUGAGUCACUCUGGAUUUGCUGUGGGACAAAGAACACAGGAUGUGGCUAGAUCCAGCGAACAUAUUUUUCAAUCAGAUUUACAUAAAAUCCACUCCCUCACCCUCCAGACACACAAAAAAACAAAAUAAUAAUCAUACUGAAACAGAACUGAUUGUGAAACCUCCUUUUGUCCUGUGAGAACUUCAGAUUUCAGAAGUUUUACCAUCAAAACUUGAUAAUUCUUGCAGACCAGUAAUCUGUGAAAAAUUCACAAUAGGUCUUUUGAGAUAUUUUUCAUGUUUUAGGUCUUCCUAAUAAUAGAAAUAAGAAAAAAAUAGAGUAACAAGCAAUACAAAGGCAAGAGCUAUUUCAAAGCAAAAAUAAAUUGUUUCUCUCAAAGAAACUCAAAGCUGUAUACAACAAUUUCAAAGCACAUUUAUUUAUUUAUGUGUUUAUGCAUGCAUCUGUGCAUUUACUUAUUAAGAACCUGAAGGAAAUGACUUCAGCUUCCUGAAUCAGGGCUCUUUCUAGGAAAAUAUGUUAGCCGAAAUUUCUCAAUGAAUUCUAAUCCACAAAUUCCAUCGUUCCUCAUUUCCUGAACAAGCAACUGAGAGGAAGAGAGUAGAGAGAGAAAAAUUUAUAAAGUGUUGCCAAUGGAAUGUAAAAUCCCACUUUUAGGCUCUUUUUCUUUCUCCAGUGACCUAAUUUGCUCCUGAAAACCCUCAGCCUCUCUCUCAGCUGCUCUGCAAGGGGUGGUCUCCCCAAGUGCAAGGACACGAGCAGGUCUGCUUGGAUGUCUUGUGGAGAAGGAGUGGUAGCACAAGGAAUUAAUGACUUCACGUGUUCUACAAUAAUUCAGCAUGGACCUGAACCUCACCUGGCAUCCGGAUUAAUAGCCUGAGCAGAAGAGCAAUCAUCCUCUGCAAUUCUUGUGCGCUCUCUGGUCAUGCUCUGGAAUAGCAUUGUAUAUGAUAGAAAGUGGUUGCUACUGCUUUCCCUUCCUUGUUUCUGUACUUUCAACCUAUUCCUAACCUGAUCUGUUCAAAAUGCAGAAUGAAAAUGGAAUAGAUACUUUCUCAUUAAGUAGUUGCUGGGAACGUCUGAGAGAAGUGCUCAAAAAUUCCACUUCGGUGAAUUUUCUCUGAAAUGAAGGUAGGAUCCCAGCUAUAAAUCAGGCCGAAUUCUUUUCUAAAUCUAGGUUUACAUUCGCCACAAACUCAAUCAUUUUCUUCAUCCCGAAACAGAGAGUCCAGGAUUUCCAGGCCACUUAGACGGUCUGUGAUUGAAGUGGUUGUCUGUAUCUCGGAACUCGGACAAAAUAAGAGCUUAUUUGCCCCCGUUGUCAAUAUUUCUUUACCCCUUCACAAAAUAGACAGAAUUUUCCCCAGCUGAUCAAAAGAUCGUUAGGUAUCCAAACGAUUUGCUUAAUCCUGGAGCAAGAUGUCCAUCCUUACAGAGGUAGCCCAAAGGUGCAGCAUGAUGAAUCAGGAAGGAAAUGACUCCAUCAGUUAUGAGAGGGAAACCAACCCACACAUCCUUCAACAGAAAAAAUUUCACAUUUUCCAGGUUUAUUUUCCUGGAAAGCUCAGUUCAGAGACUAUUUGAAUUUGAAUAGCCUGUUCAGUUUAAACUGGCUUUUUACCAAAUGCUGGGCAUUUUCUACAUCGGACUAAUGUCAUUAUAGGAACAUCUUUCUCUUUUGCUCAAAUAUUUUCCUUAAUUCAGAAGGUGGCAGAGAUGACAUAAACAAAAAUGAAACCAGGGCACCUAAUAAUUAGUUAACUAAUUAUGGACUUCACCAUGAAAUCACUCUAUGCCAUUUGAAGGAGGAUGCCUGUCCAUCAGGUUCUGCUUGGUUUAAAAGUUCAGCUCUAACACUAAGAGUGCCUUUAUGUACAAUAAGAUAAUGACUGAGCAUGUGCACAUGAUAACAAUAGACAAUGAAACUCAUGGAACUGGAUUUUACUGACCUGAAGAAAUGCACACUAAUGGCAAAAAGGAGAAACUUGCAUCUCCACAGGGUGAAUUAAAUCCUUCUAGGUAAAGGAGUUAUAAAGAAAGGAGCAACUGCUGGGGUCUCAGUUGUGCAACCAGAGUCAUGCUCCUUACCUUGACCCUCCAGUUUGGACCACAGAGAACUGCCCUGAAGACAUAUGAUCAGAUCUACUCUCCUAAAUUCUGAACAAAUCAAGGGAGAGUGCAUAGGUUGGAAAGACUUAAUUUCACCUUAUUUUUCAAAAAAUACUUUUAUCACAUACUCUGAAGAAUACUUAAAUACAAAUGCAGUAUUAUUCAGUCUCUGCUUGUUUGUGGACAGAUAUUUCCCAUCCAGAUGUAAGUAUGUCUGAUGCAUAAUGAUACACUGAAAAACAGAAACAAAGGAAUCGAACAUUUUAAGGCAGUAAUUCACCUCAAAGAAACCCCUUUGUAAUAGCUGAUCUCUUCCGUGAGAUAACUGCAAGGUUCUUUAGGAUGACAAAGACCUCAGUGGAAGAAAUUCAAGCAGUCUUGCAUCUUCUGUAGGGCAGGAACCUUGGAAAGCACUUAGCUCAUCCUGAAUCAGGACUUAAGCCUGGAAGGAGGCAAAUCCUGCAGGCUGCUAGGGCGAGGGAAACUGGAAACGACCUCUUGCUGUCAGAUUUCACUCAUUCGUUUUAACCCAAGGUUUCCCCAAGGCUGCAGAACAAAUUCCUUCUGUGCAGGAAGUGCUCGUGCUAAUCCAGAGGUUCAAAGCCUGUGUGAGGAAAUAUAAUGCUUCCUCCAGGGACUUUUCAGAGGAGAGCGGUUGACCACAAGAAAAUAAAAGCUUCUGCAGCUGAUUGUAAGCCUGUGUGAGAGGGCUGUUGAGGAGUCACCUAGGAAUGACUGCAAUUCCUGUUUAUGAGUCAGCAGGGAGGGAGCAGCCCGAGUCAGAUUUUGGGAGAUGCCUAUGCUGUCUGCCUUUCAGACCAUGGGAACUCUGCAGGGAAAAUAAUGAGGAGAUGUGAGGUUGAGGAAUGUGGGAACUCAAGGUUCUGUAGACCAUGGAUUGAUGUAAUUGCCUGCUAGGCAUGACGACACCUGCAGCAAGCAGAGAUGUGAGCUCUGAUCCAGCAUUGCUGUGUCAUGUUAAGGUAAGGCACUUUGGCUUUCUUCUACAUCUUGGUCUUCAAAGACAGAAAUAUCUUUUGGGCAUGGAUUGCCUUGAUCUAUGUCUGUACAAAGUCUGUUUUAGUGAAUUUUCUUUGAAUUUUCCCAGGCAAGUUAGAUCAAACCUACAGUCUCAUUCCCCUGAGAGAACAUGAGUUCAUUUGUAUCUCCAGUAGAGUUAUAGGAAUUUCCUCUAAGCAUCUCUACCCUUCCCAACACAAAACUAAGGACAGAGGCUUCAAAUGGAGCUUCAGUUCUUGACUGUUUGAGAAGUAUGGUAAUGCUACUUAAGAAUGUUUUGACUUAUUUAUCAGCUUUACCCACUAACCUGUUGCCUCCUUUCAGACAAUUAGAUUACCCUCUGUUGUUUUGUAUUAUUUCUCUUUGUUUAACUUUUCUUAAAUAGUUUUGGGUUCAGCUCAACAUGGAUUGAACAUCAAGGGAAAAUUAUUCUCCCACUUAGCUUUAAUGCAACAUGAACAACAGUGUUAGAAUGUGAUUUUCAGAAAAUAAGUCAUAAUAGUUUUAAAUCAGUUUGUGAUGUCCCCAUUGGGAUUACUGAGGCUGAUCAUGUGCUGGCCUGAAAUCUGGGCUGUAACUGUUACAGCUCAAUUGAAAUCAACUUUGCAAAUGUAUUUACUCAGAGUGAGAUCCAUGAAACACAAACACCCCAGGCCUAAUAGUGCAUGGAAAAUAGAAAAUGCAACUCCUACUCAUUUACCAUGAUAAAUGAUCACCUCAAAAUCCUAAUGGCCAUGGUGUUCUAUCAACAUGUUCAGCUCCUACCCAACAUCAGGUGAAUGGUGGUGGCGGAUGAGUGUGGAGCUCAAAUUAUACUGCUGAUCUUGGCAGGUCCUGGAUAAUUUAACAAGCUUGAUUAGAUACUAAAUAAAUAUUGGUUUUGCAAUUUGCUCACCAGAUUUGCUCUUGGAUAAAAGAGGCCACAAAUGCUGUUGCACUGGCAACAGGAACAAACAGUUUAAAAGAUCCAUUCAGACUGUGAUGAAAGUGUUUGAAAAAGAAAAUUUUGGUGGAAUCAUGUUUUGCCCUAAUGAAAACCCUCUGUUCUGCAGUAACUGAGGAAAAUCAGCAAACUCUACUCCUCAUGACUUCAAUUUACACGUCAAUUUAAAGGUGAAGCAAUUUCGUGAAAGGAGGAAGUCCCUCAACAGGCCCUACAUGACAGGUUAACAGCUACAGACAAUCUCACAGUGAUGCAGAGAAUUUCAUGGUCCCCCUUACAAAGCAGAUCAAUCUGGUACAGGGAAAUACAAAAAUAAGAUAUCAGAAAUCAGGCUCAGGAGACUUGACAGCUGUAGUCACUGACUCCCAACAUCCUGAAGAUGAGCUCACUUCUUUCGGUGUCGUAUUCUUCGGUUUUGAUAAAGUUUUCAACGCUGAAGAUAUCUGGCUGCACGAACAUAGUUUAGUAUAAUGUAGUUUUAUUUACUUCCAAUUUUUGCAAAUGAGGGACUAUUCUUGUAGUGCUCACUUCCUUUCUCUUCACUGUAUGCAUAUGUAUUUUUGCAGUAAAAUGUAUAUACACACAGAUUUGUGCCAGUGAAUGCCUAGUUCAUUUUUGCACUAAAAAGCCCUCCCAAUGCUUUCCGCUUCAGUUGAAGGAGACAGAAAUCCAGAUGCUUUGUCCUGGGCAAAUAUGAGUGGUAAACUGUAGGAACUGUGAUCAGUAUUUGUCUCUUUAACCCAGCAGCUGUCCUGUGCUGUGAAGUCCCUAUUCAAAGUGGGUAUGGAUUACAGCUUUGUAAGACAAUGUACAACCUUCAUGCCCUUCAUACCCUUCACUUUUCAACUGCUUCUGCAAGUGAGCUCAGCAUUACAUUGCACACUGUCCUUUACUGUGUGCACCAUUCUUAAAGCUUGGCUAUGUAUCAGUUUUUUUUGUUUUGUUUUGUUUUGUUUCAAAUACAAUGUUUUUGACUUCCUCCUGUAAUUUAGUGUAAAACAGCUUCAGUGGAGUUAUACCAAAUCCUGGCCAGCUUACGAUAUGUCUCUUACUGCUCAAGAAUGAUGGGAUAUUGGUUUACACUCAGAGAUGAGCUCCAGGUGUGUUCUUAAUAAGGAAUGUAGAAAUGCUUAAAACUGCAGUUUAACUUUUCAUUUUUGGAGUCAAGAACUAAACUGACAGCUCUUAUUUUUCCAUGUUUUCAGUGAGAAGUCUUCCUUUAAGAAGAGAGAAAAUGUUGAUAAUAUCUUAUUUGUCAUAAAUGUCAGAAAUUAUGUUGGAAGAUCAUGUGUGCAAAAAAAAGUAUUGGUGUUGAAGAUGAUAUUAAAUGUGAUAUUGCAGUAAAAGAAA